AUAGUAGAAAGAGAUAUUUGUAUAAUGAUAAUAAUACAACAAACAAAAAUGAAUGAUUGAUUCUUUCAUUAUCAACAAACAAUGGUGGAUUGGACUUUUGCUGUGAGGAGGAUAUGUAGGGCAGGGGCGGCCAUAAUAUUUUGAAAUAAGCAAACACUAUCACCUUUCUUAUGUUAUCUGUUCCAUCAUCACAGAAGAAAGAAAGGAAGAAGCCAUGAGGAAAUUGCAGGUACUGUUCAUCUCCACCCCUGCAGUGGGAAACCUUGUCCCAACAGUUGAAUUUGCCCAACGAUUAACCGAUCAUGACCCCCGAUUCUCCUCCACCGUACUCAUCAUCUCGAUGGCUCAAAGACCCAUCGUCAAUGCCUAUAUUCAAUCGUGUUGCUCCACAGCCUCCUCUGCUACUGCUAUCAACUUCAUCCACCUCCCUUCUCCUGAGGACCCUCCUUCACCUGAUCAGUACCAGUCAUCAUUCGGAUAUAUGUGCCUCCUCAUUGACAGACACAAGGUUCAUGUGAAGCAUGCAAUUUCUCAACUCCUGCAUAACGAGGUCCAAGUUUCUGGGUUAUUCGUUGACAUGUUUUCUACUUCCAUGGUUGAUGUUGCUGAUGAGCUAAAUAUUCCCUGUUAUCUCUACUUUGCAUCUCCGGCUAGUUUCUUGGGGUUUAUGUUACAUUUGCCAAUUCUUGAUACCCAACUCGCUACUGAUUUCAUCGACUCAGAUAAUGAUUCCAUUGUACCAAAAGACCCUUCCACCAAGUUGAUCAUACCAGGUUUUGCCAAUCCUUUGCCCCCACAAGUUUUGCCUACGUAUGUUUUGAGAAGGAAGCAAGAUGGGUAUUCUUGGUUCUUAUACCAUGCAAGCAGGUACAAGGAGACCAAGGGUAUGGUAGUGAAUACAUUUCAAGCACUUGAACAACAUGCCAUUAACUCGCUCUCUGCCAGUGGGUUGCCUCCGAUUUAUCCGAUUGGACCAGUUCUUGACCUUGGUGGGCCGAUCCAAUGGCACCCAAACCGGGGCCAACAUCAUACUAUCCUGAAAUGGCUUGAUGAUCAACCCAUGUCCUCAGUUGUGUUCUUGUGCUUUGGGAGCAUGGGAAGCCUUGGCAGCUCUCAAUUGCGAGAAAUAGCAAUUGCGCUGGAGCGAACCGGAUUUCGGUUCUUGUGGUCCAUCCGAGAACCAGGCAAGGGCAAACUGGACGUUCCAGCUGACUAUGCAAAUGCCAAGGAGAUACUGCCGGAAGGGUUUCUAGAUAGGACGGCUGGAAUUGGUUUGGUUUGUGGAUGGGUCCCGCAAGUGACGAUCUUGGCUCAUCAAGCAAUUGGUGGGUUUAUAUCACACUGUGGGUGGAAUUCAAUACUUGAGAGCUUGUGGCGUGGUGUACCAAUUGCGACAUGGCCAAUUUAUGCAGAGCAACAAAUGAAUGCAUUUCAAUUAGUGAAAGAGUUGGGAUUAGCAGUUGAGAUUAGACUGGAUUACAGGAACGAGGGCAAUGAUUUGGUGCCAUCAGAAGAAGUGGAAAGAGGGAUAAAGUGUUUGAUGGAAGGUGAUAAUGAGGUGAGGAAAAGGGUGAAGGAGAUGAGUCAGAAGAGUAGAAUAGCUGCAGUGGAAAAUGGAUCAUCAUAUGCAUCUUUAACAUCCUUGACUGACAGAUUAGCAGCCGGUAUUUGAGAAUGACGUUGUUGUGGUUGCAUUCCAUACUGAUUAACCCCUCCAAGUUUUAGCAGUAAGGAUGCUCCAGUAUCUGAAACCUUAAACAAUAUAUAGGAUAAAUAUUAUGUUGUUGACUCCAUCCACAUUCUAGGAUCUGUUUCAAAUUCUGAGUUAAUGUAAAAGAAUACCUGCAAACAUGAUUACGGAUUAAUCAAAUCAAGUUAGUCGUUAAUUAUCAAGGAAGCAUAGAAUAAACAUAUAGCUGGAAAAAAAAAAUCAUUAUGAACAGAAGCUUUAUUUCCA